UAUGGUUCAAAGUUAGUUGAAAGUUGGAAAUCAAAACCUAUGACAUUGAUGCAAACAUAGUUAUCAUCGAAGCCACAUUGUCAAAAACCACUUUCUGUUCAGUUCUGUUCAGUUCUGUUCUCUUCCUUCUUCGGGUUCUCCAUCACCUUCAAUAAACCAUCGUUCCCAAGACCUUCAUAGAUCUUAUCGCCACACAAAACCCUUAUAAUCACACCCACCCAUUUCACCUUUAAAUCAAUAAAAAUCUGUUUUUGAUUCGUGGGUUGUGUUCAAAAUGGCUUCUUUCACCACUGUUCCUUGUCCUAAAUGUUUAACUUUUCAUCAUUUGGGUUUGAAGUCUCAGACUUCUUCAAGGAAUGUGCAGUUGGGGUUUAUGAAAUCUCAAUCUUUUGGAUCUUUGAGUUGUGAUUUGGUGUCAAAUGGGAUUCAGUGUCUCGAAAGGAAGCAAUUUUCGGUCUGGAGGUCUCAAGCACUUCCUAACGAGGUUGCAACUAUUGAAAAUUCAUCAAAUUCUGUACCUGUAUUGAUCAAUGAACCUAAUGGUGCUUUACCAAAAGAGAAAGAUAACCAUAACGGGAAACCCCCUGGUCCAAGCGCUUCUACAGAUGCAUCUUCAGUUUCCACAUUUAUGGAUCAAGUUUCAGAACUUGUUAAACUUGUGGAUUCUAGAGAUAUCAUGGAGCUGGAACUUAAGCAAGCAGGCUAUGAGCUCAUGAUAAGGAAAAAGGAAGCUUUGCAGCCCCCACCAGUAUCACAACAACCAUUUCCUUAUCCUGCAUAUCCUCCUUCUUAUCAAGCACCGCUGCCACCACCACCACCCGUUGUUGCUUCUACUCCCCCAAGUGCUCCUCCUUCAAAUGUAGUUCCAGCCUUGCCUCCUGCAAAAACAAAUGCAUCAUCUCAUCCACAGCUUAAAUGUCCGAUGGCAGGAACUUUCUAUCGAUGUCCUGGACCUGGCGAACCACCAUUUGUCAAGGUGGGAGAUCAAGUGCAGAAAGGGCAGGUUGUUUGCAUUAUUGAGGCUAUGAAACUGAUGAAUGAAAUUGAAGCUGAUCGAUCAGGAACAAUAGUUGAGGUACUGGUAGAAGAUGGGAAACCAGUCAGUGUUGGCAUGCCUCUUUUUGCAAUUGCACCAUGAUGAGAAUGAGAUCGGACCUUACAUCGAAGUUGUUGGAUGAACAUGGCACAUGACUGAUAAUGGCGACAUAUUUAUUAUUCAGAUAUAUUUAUUGUGCAACAAAUAUUUGUUCCAUUUUAGAGAAUCAUUAUAUUUAUUUUAAAGAGACAUUUCAAAACAUAAAUGCCAUGGGGCGUAUUAGAAGGAGUGUUGGAAUUUGUAGUUGUGUUGUAAACAAUUUUAAUAAUAUUUUCUUGUAGAAAAACAGUUUUACAAUAAUAUUUUAGUCUCAGUUA